GACCCCAAUUCUCUGCCAGUCUAUCCACUAAGAGCACUGUACCGUGCUCGCGAUGCCUUCUGGCACCGUUGGCAGAAAGCUCUCUCCAAAGACCGCGCCGCCCAGCGCGUUUAUGAAGCCCAUUAUCAUUCUCCGCCAAAUGUCUUCCUCCUCAACACGGAGCCCUAUCCCUUCGCUGAGGCCGACACCUUCUACCCCUCCCCGGAUAUUCUUCUUCUCCGUGGACGUGAGCCCUCGAUCCCGCUCAUAAAAAAGCGAACUCGCGAGGUCCUCGAAAUGGUGCCGGUGGUUAAUGAGAAACCUCGGAAGAAGCCUCGUCUGACAGAUCGCCAAAUCGGACUUCUCACCGAAAAGGCCGUAGAUUCAGGCUGCGGCAGCAGUGUAUCGAGCAAGCCUGACGACAGUGUUUCCAUCUUCUUCAACUGUGAUGCCUGUGAUGAGGCUGAAGACAUGUCAUACACUGAGGCUGAAAAGCAUGUUCAGUGCACGGGUCAUGUGUCUUGUAGUGAGUACAUGCGCCUGGCCCCAACCAAAACAGAAGAAGAGGCAGACGAGGAGGUGGUGAUUUUCGAGGUGGAGGAUGACAACAAAAAGAACACGUGCUCCUCCUCUUCGUCGUCU